AUGGCAGCGGCCGCCCUUGCGCCCCGGACCCUGCUCCUGCUGCUCCCGCUGCUGCUGCGCGCCAGCCCCGUGCGCGCCGAUGGCAAGGUGUUUGGGGAUGUGGACCAGGUGCGGAUGACCACGGAGGGCUCAGACUGUCGCUGCAAGUGCAUCAUGCGACCGCUGAGCAAAGACGCGUGCAGCCGGGUGCGCAGUGGGCGCGCGCGCGUCGAGGACUUCUACACGGUGGAGACGCUGAGCUCCGGCAGCGACUGCCGCUGCUCCUGCACGGCGCCGCCCUCGUCACUCAACCCCUGCGAAAACGAGUGGAAGAUGGAGAAGCUCAAGAGGCAGGCGCCCGAGCUCCUCAAGCUACAGUCCAUGGUGGAUCUCCUGGAGGGUGCCCUGUACAGCAUGGACCUGAUGAAGGUGCACGCCUAUGUCCGCAAGGUGGCCUCGCAGAUGAACACGCUGGAAGAGAACGUCAAGGCCAACCUGAGCCGGGAGAACGAGGUGGUGAAGGAGAGCAUGCGUCACCUCAGCGAGCAGCUGAAGCGCCAGGAGAACCACUCAGCCAUCAUGCUGAGCAUCCAGAAGGAGCUUUCCAGCCUGGGCCUGCAGCUGCUGCAGAAGGACGCAGCCCCUGAGGCCCCAGCCCCUGGGGGAAAGCUUCAGGGUGCAGGUGAAGGAAAAGGCAAGGAGAACAGCAGAUACAGCAGUGCGCAGAAGAGCUUUGCAGACAAGGGCCUGCCAAAGCCCUCCAAGGAGAAGCUGCUCAAAGCCGAGAGACUGCGGGAAAGCAGCAAGGGUCGGUUCCCACAGCCCACAGGCAAGCCCCGGGCCCUGGCCCAGCAGCAGGCCGUGAUCCGGGGCUUCACUUACUACAAGGCCGGCAGGCAGGAGACCAGCGAAGCUGCAGCCGACAAUGCCCUGAAGGACACUUCCUGGCUGGAGGUGUCACCCAAGACGGAGGGCCAGUCCCCGGAGCACAACUCAGCAGCGGAGCAGGACGAGGCUGUGACCCAGCCCUCCGAGGAAGCAGGCUUGGUCCCUGGCAUGCCUUCUGCAGACCCCAGCACCCCAACCACCACCUUGGCUCCCAGCAGCACCACGCUACCCACUGAACCACCUACACACCCUGAAGCCCCCAGCCGUGGCAAAGAGGCAAGCUGUGAGGGCACCCUCCGGGCUGUGGAUCCUCCCGUGAGGCACCACAGCUAUGGGCGCCACGAAGGAGCCUGGAUGAAGGACCCCACGGCUCAGGACGACAGGAUCUAUGUCACCAACUACUACUACGGGAACAGCCUGGUGGAGUUCCGCAACCUGGACAACUUCAAGCAAGGCCGCUGGAGUAACAUGUACAAGCUGCCCUACAGUUGGAUCGGCACUGGCCACGUGGUGUACCAGGGCGCCUUCUACUACAACCGUGCCUUCACCAAGAACAUUAUCAAGUAUGACCUGCGCCAGCGCUUCGUGGCCUCCUGGGCACUGCUGCCCGACGCACUGUACGAGGGCACCACACCCUGGAAAUGGCGAGGCCACUCCGACAUCGACUUCGCCGUGGACGAGAGCGGCUUGUGGGUCAUCUAUCCCGCCGUGGAUGACCGCGAUGAGGCCCAGCCCGAGGUGAUCGUACUCAGCCGCCUGGAUCCCGGCGACCUGUCCGUGCACCGCGAAACCACGUGGAAGACACGACUGCGGCGUAACUCCUACGGGAACUGCUUCCUGGUGUGUGGCAUCCUGUACGCCGUGGACACGUACAACCAGCACGAGGGCCAGGUGGCCUACGCCUUCGACACACACACAGGCACCGACGCCCGACCGCAGCUGCCCUUCCGCAACGAGCAUGCCUACACCACCCAGAUCGACUACAACCCCAAGGAGCGGCUGCUGUACGCCUGGGACAAUGGCCAUCAGCUCACCUACGCACUCCACUUCGUGGUCUGAGUGGGGACAGCAGCAGGCAGGGAUGGGGCUCCCCACAGCCAUUCCUGCCAGGGACCCAGCCACCAGCUAUUUAUUCCAGGGACGUGGGGUGGGGAGAGGCCCGUCUGGGACUGGUGCCAGGCAUGGGUUGGAAGCCAGGCCUGCCUUCCUUGGCAGCCAGCAGUCAGUACUCACGCCCACCAGCUGAGCCCCAUACGCCACCCUUUCCGUACUCUUUCCCACUGAGUCCUCAGAACACCUCCCUUGGAGGCAGAGAACCUGAAGCCCAUUUAACAAAUGCGGAGACUGAGGCUCAGAAAGGAAAUGGCAUCCCUGGCUGAAACUCCUCAGUGGAGAUCGGGCCGGG